UGGGUGGGGGCCGCGCUAAGGGGACCCGCUCGCUCCCCGGCCCCGCCGCCCUUUGGGGCCGCUGGUUUGGGACUUUAACGGAUUCUGCUCCGGGACACACGAUUUUUUAAGGCGUUGUAACAGAUGCGAUGUUAAAAGGUUUUCUGUUACCUUUAAAUGAUUCAUGCCGGUGGGAUUUUUUAGUGUGGAACCCACUUCUGUUUAAUUUGCAGGUACUGCCAGGCCUUGAGGGCUUCGGUGGCACUAGAAAUGCAGUAAACCAGUGGAUGAGGCUCAAAAUUCAGUCUCAGCAUUUGGAAGCUUUAGACAAGAGUGUCAGCGCAUUAAACGUCGGAGGUUGUGGCUUUCCAGAAGGAGCUGGCUAUUUCAGGGCUGUCGAGCAGUAAAAUGUUUGCCAAAUUGAAGAAGAAGAUCGCGGAGGAGGCAGCGGUUGCUCCCAGGCCCGGAGGAACCGCCCGCAUCCCCAGGUCUGUCAGUAAGGAAUCGAUCACGUCUGUGGGAGCAGACUCUGGAGACGACUUUGCUUCUGAUGGAAGCAGCUCCAGAGAGGAUCUUUCAUCCCAGUUGUUCAGAAGAAAUGAACAAAUAAGAAAACUGGAGGUGAAGCUAUCUGAUUAUGCUGAUCAGAUCCGAAAUCUGCAGAAGAUAAAAGAGAAGCUUGAAAAUGCAUUAGAAAAGCAUCAGGAUUCCUCCAUGAGGAAGUUUCAGGAGCAGAAUGAAGCUCAUCAGGCCAGUCGAGCCAAGAUGGCUGAAGGAAUGGCUUUGGCCUUGGAAAAAAAGGACAAGGAGUGGAUGGAAAAACUUGGCCAAGUUGAAAAGGAAAAAAAAAUGCUUCAAGCACAGUUACAAGAAAUGAGGGAGCAGAGUUUGAACCUUUUCCAAAAACGAGAUGAAAUCGAUGAACUGGAGGGCUUUCAGCAGCAGGAAAUUGCCAAAGUUAAACACAUGCUUUUGAAGAAGGAAGAGUCUCUGAGCAGAGCAGAGCAGGAGCUGGAGGCGCGUGCCCAAGAGCUGAGCCAGGCCAGGGCGGAGCUGCAGGAGGCUCGGAGCGAGUCCUCGGGCCUGGGGAGGGACCUCCAGCACUUGCAGCAGCAGCUCCUGGAGCUGGAGGCUCGGAGAGAUGAACUAAUGACAGCUGAGACAAAUGCAGAAAAUAAGAUCACUGCUCUGGAGUUAAGAGAACAGGAGCUACAAACUGUCAUUCAGCAGCUUUCUGUAGACUUGCAAAAUGCUCGAGUGGAUGGUACUGGUUGUGAGAAGAGACUGGAAAUGUUACAAGUGGAGCAUGAAUCUCUGAAGGUGGAAUGUGAGCAGCAAAAGCAAAAGAUGACUUUUGAACUCGCUGAGAGAGAUAAACUUACUGAACAGCUGCAGGAAAAGGUGUCUUCUCUGGAAAAAAAGCUAGAAAGAAAUCUCUCAGGAGAUGAACACAUGCAGGAGCUGCUCAAAGAGAAAGCUGCUCUUGAGCAGAGGCUGGAGGAGACCAGGCAGCAGGUACUGACAGACAGGACACAGCACGGAGAGGCUCUGAACCAGUUGGAAACACAGAAUAAAGAACUGGAAGAGAAACUACGGAUUGCAACGGAAACAUUGAAAAAGAGCAAAGAAGCAGCUGCUGAGCAGGAUCUGAAGAUCCAGAAGCUGCAAGCUGAUCUAGAAGAUGAAAGAAAACAACUGCAGCAACAGAUUUUAAGUGAAAAACAUCAGUAUGAUCAGAAAGUUACUGGGCUGGAGUCUCAGAUUGCUGCUCUUGAAAAAACUUGGGAAUUGGAUAAAACAGCAACUCAGCACAGGAUUAGCCAAUUGGAGAAGGAAAAUGAAAACCUCAAGGGAAGCAAAGAAGGGUAUGAGAGUUCAUUGAAACAACAAGAGUCUGAACUGAACAGGCUAAAGAAUGAGAUGAGCAGCAGAGAAACUGUCAGUGUGGAAAUUGCUAAAGCAUUGGAAGAAACACGGAAACAAAGAGAGGAAUUACAAGAGCAGGUUUCACAUCUGAAUACCCUAAUAAAGGAGAAGGACCAGUUGAUUGAUGAAAAAUGUGAUCUGCUGCUGAAACAAAAGGAAGAACUGAACCAACUCAGUCAAGACCAUGAAGCUGUGUUGCUGCAGGUGCAUCAGUUACAGUUGGACAUAGAAGCAAGUCAGAGCCAAGCAGUGGAGAUAGAGGAAACGGCAAGAAAAGAAAUUGAUGAGCUCAAGCUGCAGGUACAGGAGUCCCUGUUGGCCAGAGAGCAUGAGAAAAAUGUUUUAGAACUGGAGGAAUCAACGAGGUCCUUGAACAAUGAGCAUUUGCCUUCUCCAGAAAACUCUGUGGUGGAACAGAAUGGAGAGGUGGCAGCUGCAGAUGUCAUUCAACUUCAGAAGGAUAACAGAGAGCUGGAACAGCAAAUUGCUGAGAAAAACAAGAUGAUAAAGCAACUUCAGCAAAGAAUGGCAGAACUCAAGAAAACUCUCCAGAAAGAGCUGAAAAUAAGGCCUGACAGUGAGGUACCUGAGCUACGUGUGAAUUCUGAAGUGCCUAAUGCUUCUGUGACUGUCACCAACAACUCUGAUUUGAACGACUCAAGGGAGAUAAACUUCGAAUACCUUAAACAUGUUGUACUAAAGUUCAUGUCCUGCAGGGAAUCUGAGGCAUUCCAUCUCAUCAAAGCUGUGUCUGUGUUACUGAAUUUUUCACAAGAGGAAGAAAACAUGCUCAAAGAAACUCUGGAGUACAAGAUGUCCUGGUUUGGGUCAAAGCCAUCUCCCAAAGGCAGCAUCCGGCCGUCUAUCUCGAGCCCAAGGACUCUGUGGCCUUAAGGGAACCUGAAGGUGGCAGGCAGUAUCCAGGCACUUCUUUCUGUGAAAAGAAUGCUGAACACACUGCUCCAGGUGUGUCUUAAUCACUGUCAUUGCAGUAUUUUGUACAAGAACUUCUGGCUCUGUUUACAAAACUAAUACUGUGCAAGGAGACACUUUCACUACAGACUGGAACAGCUCUGGGCUGGAGUCGGGGACCUCCUCGGUGUCUGUGAUGGGAGCAGCUCCUUGUGCUCAUCACUCCUGGGUUCCUGGCACCAGAGGGUUCUGAGGACCUCGCUGACAGCAGGGCUGCCAGUUCAGUCUCUUGGGAUGGUGAUUCCAGCUGCUGUUCCAGAGUCCAGUGACUCUGGGCACAGAAAAGCUGCUUGUCUGGCUGUGGGAAGCCAGCAAUGAAAAAUGUGUUGGCAGAACAGUGUUGAGAGUGGGAUGGUUUGCAAAGCCUUUCACAGGACAGGAGCAGGAGCUUUAACCAAAAAAGAACUCUGCCUUGCCUUCUUAUACUGACAUUAACUAAUGGUUGGCAUUUUUUCAUAUCACUGUGUAAUUUAAGGUGCAUUUAUCCUGGCCUGCAGCCCUCAAGGCUGCAUGUUGAUGAUUAUUUAAUUUGAGAGCACAACUUUAGAGUUGUCUGAUUUUACUUUUCUUAAAGAAAAAUAAUAUUUAAAAUGGUCUUAAUUAUAGUACCUAAUCCUCAGUCGCCUUUAAAACUAAUCCAUUAGCCUGUUCCAUGGGUUGUUAGCAGUGGGAAAAGGGGUAGGAAACCAUUUUAAAUUUUUAAAGCUGAGUUCCAGGUAUUGUAAAUCCACACUAAAAAAUACCUUUUAUUUAAAAAAAAAAAAUCUAAUUACAAAGGGUGAAGAAUGCUGGUACUAAACAUAUUGAUUCCUUUUUUUUUCUUCCAAGUCUGCUAGCAACAAAUCCUUAUAACCAGGAUCUGCCUCUUUGGUUGUGGUUUUCUGUACUUCAAAUACUGAUGCUUAAAAGCUGUUAUGAAUAUGUUAACUGUGUCCUGACUAUUAAGGUAAAAGAAAUGCUGCUCAUGAGGGGUUUGAGGGCAAAAUUCAACUCUUAGUGAACAAGUUGUGGUUCCAGCAGCUUGUUUUCCUAAUACAAUAAGGAAAGGGGGACCAAGGUGGCACUUCCUCCCUGGAAGCACAAUUUUGCCCAGACUUAUUAACACCACUGCAAAAUCUGGAUCCAAAUGGGAAGCAGCAGUUAGUCUGACUUCUGAAAACUGAGACCUAUGUCCAAAAAUCUACACAUGUAUGGAACUGAGUGAGCAUGCUGCAGUUCUGGGACUUCUCUUACAAGGAAGUUCAUACUUCUGUUAAAUAUAUUCAGGAUAAUUCAAGCUUUCCCCAAUGGAGAUCCAGCAGGAGGUGAAUGUGCUGAUCCAGAGCCUGCUGGUCUCCCAGACAGCCCCACCCCAGACACAGGUACUCCCAGGAGCUGUUACUGGGCACAGGUGCUGCUCCUCAGUCAGAGCCAGGUUGGAUUUGGCUGAAGUUAAGAAAACCAACAGAAUUUUUUGGUACACUAAAGCUUGUCCAAACAGUCUUUAGUAACCAGAUUCAUGGCACUUCCAGACAGGAUAGAGCAUGGAAGAGUUCAGCCCUGCUCUACUGUGGAAAUAGACAAUCAAAAAGUACAUUUAUUUAAAUUGUUUCUCUACUGAGAUACAGUGGGGUGGAAUAACCCUGCUGGUUCUGGGAAGAUUUUAUUCUCUGAGAUAUUUUCCUUUCUAAUGUCCCUUUGCCCUGCCCUGUUUCUGUGGGACCAGGGAUCAGGACUCCCUCACUCCCACUGCUCCCUGCUGAAUGACUGUUGGGUUUAUGCUGAUCCUGGCUUCAAAGGUUACUGCUGAACAGUAAGGAAAGCAGGACAGGCAGCCUGGAACGGAGUGACAAAGUAAGAUCUUAGGUUAUAUUUUCACUAACAACUUCAGUUUCAGAUCCCAAAGCUCAUAAAGGAUCAACUUACCAUAAACUAGUUCUUAAGUGUUGAAUUUUCGUUAGGUAUCAGAGCAAGACUGGUGUGUAUACAUGUAUUAAAAAGCUAAUGCACUUUCCCUUGUCUCAGAACCGUGGUUAUACAUAAUCCUUUCUAUCACCAUUGGAUUUCUUUCCUUCUGUGCUGUAAAUAUGGAUUGUAUGAUGAAACACUAUGAAAUUUGUGGUGCAAUACAUUUUGGAUCAAACCCCUAA